AUGUGGCCCGCCGGGGGGCACCGGAGGCUUUCUGGUGCCCGGGUUGUCGUUAGGGUCACCGCCUCCAACAGUAGCCGUCCUAGGCACGGCGAGCCCAGGCCAGGAGCUGGACGUGCCACAGGGACUACUAAAGAUGUAGCAGAAGAAUCUGUAUCAGAUGAUGACAAAAGGAGGAACUAUGGUGGCGUGUAUGUUGGCCUGCCGUCGGACGCGGCUGCCGUGGUUUCCAGUCAGACGAAAGCUGCACCGAAAGAUUUAAUACCACAAAAUGCUGCUGUCACAUAUGUACACCAUGGAGUUUAGUCACUGACUGGUGCUUCCAAAAUUUGCUGCAAAACAAAAAAAUGA